AUGUCCAGCAAGGGCAGGCGAUGUAAGGAGCAGGGGAGAGUGACCUUCCCCCAGCAGCAGCAGGAGGAGGAGGACGGGGGAGAGGAAGAGGAGCAGCAGCGCCGGCGGCGGGGCUGGAGAGGCGUUAAUGGGGGGCUGGAGCCCUCUCAGCAGCAGCAGCAGAGAGCAGUGAAAACCCAGCGGGACCCCUACGGCUACUACCCGCCCCUUCCACUGUUCCCUUGGAGCCACUCCGAGGAGAUGUCCAUUGAAGGAAGCCCGUCUCUGAGACGUAUGACUAUGAUGAGGGAAAAGGGAAGACGGCAAGCUGUUAGAGGCCCAGCGUUCAUGUUCAACAACAGGGGCACAAGCCUCACUGCUGAAGAAGAGCGUUUUCUGGAUGCAGCAGAGUAUGGGAACAUUCCUGUGGUGCGCAAAAUGCUGGAGGAGUCAAAAACACUAAAUGUCAACUGUGUUGAUUAUAUGGGCCAAAACGCCUUGCAGCUGGCUGUAGGGAAUGAGCAUUUGGAAGUGACAGAACUUCUGUUGAAGAAGGAGAACUUGGCACGAAUCGGAGAUGCACUGCUGCUCGCUAUUAGCAAGGGGUACAUCCGGAUAGUGGAAGCAAUUUUGAAUCAUCCCGGUUUUGCAGCAAAUAAGCGACUGACUCUGAGCCCCUGCGAGCAGGAGCUCCAGGAUGAUGAUUUUUAUUCCUAUGAUGAAGACGGCACCCGCUUUUCACCAGAUAUCACCCCCAUCAUUUUAGCUGCCCACUGCCAAAAAUACGAGGUUGUGCACAUGUUGUUAUUGAAAGGAGCGAGGAUAGAAAGACCUCAUGACUAUUUCUGCAAAUGCAAUGACUGCACUGAAAAGCAAAAGCAUGAUUCUUUUAGUCACUCCAGGUCGAGGAUAAAUGCCUACAAAGGCCUGGCUAGUCCUGCUUACCUGUCUCUUUCCAGCGAAGACCCAGUUCUCACAGCUCUAGAACUCAGUAAUGAGCUUGCCAAGUUGGCCAACAUUGAAAAAGAAUUCAAGAAUGACUAUCGCAAGCUGUCUAUGCAAUGCAAGGACUUCGUGGUUGGUGUCCUUGAUCUCUGCCGAGACUCUGAAGAGGUAGAAGCCAUUCUAAACGGGGAUUUGGAUGCUGAGCCAGUUGAAACACAGAGGCACAGAGCUUCACUGAGUCGUGUCAAACUAGCCAUUAAGUAUGAAGUAAAAAAGUUUGUGGCCCAUCCAAACUGUCAGCAACAGCUGUUGACUAUCUGGUAUGAAAAUCUGUCAGGAUUACGGGAACAGACCAUAGCUAUCAAGUGUCUCGUUGUGCUGGUUGUUGCAUUGGGCCUUCCACUUCUUGCCAUUGGUUACUGGAUUGCACCAUGUAGCAGGCUUGGAAAAAUUCUCCGCAGCCCAUUUAUGAAAUUUGUGGCACAUGCAGCAUCCUUCAUUAUUUUCUUGGGCCUACUGGUGUUCAAUGCCUCAGACAGAUUUGAAGGCAUCACAACCCUCCCAAAUGUCACUGUUACUGAUUACCCUAAACAGAUCUUUAGGGUGAAAACUACCCAGUUCACUUGGACAGAGAUGCUGAUCAUGGUGUGGGUGCUUGGUAUGAUGUGGUCAGAAUGCAAAGAGCUCUGGCUAGAAGGACCCAGGGAAUAUAUUUUGCAGCUGUGGAAUGUUCUGGAUUUUGGGAUGUUGUCCAUUUUCAUAGCUGCUUUCACAGCCAGGCUCCUAGCAUUUCUGCAGGCCACCAAAGCACAGCAAUAUGUGGACAACUACAUUGAGGAGAAUGACCUCUCCGUAGUCACACUUCCACCCGAAAUAGAGUAUUUUACUUAUGCCAGAGACAAAUGGCUCCCAUCUGAUCCACAGAUAAUAUCUGAAGGUCUCUAUGCAAUAGCUGUUGUGCUUAGCUUCUCUCGGAUUGCAUAUAUCCUGCCUGCAAAUGAGAGCUUUGGGCCCUUGCAGAUUUCCCUUGGAAGGACUGUAAAGGACAUUUUUAAGUUUAUGGUCCUUUUUAUUAUGGUAUUUUUUGCAUUUAUGAUUGGGAUGUUCAUACUCUACUCCUACUACCUUGGAGCUAAAGUAAACUCUGCUUUUACAACAGUUGAAGAAAGUUUCAAGACCUUGUUUUGGUCAAUAUUUGGUUUAUCUGAAGUGACUUCAGUUGUCCUCAAAUAUGAUCAUAAAUUCAUAGAGAAUAUUGGCUAUGUUUUGUAUGGCAUAUACAAUGUAACAAUGGUUGUAGUUCUGCUCAACAUGCUGAUUGCUAUGAUCAACAGCUCGUACCAAGAAAUUGAGGAUGACAGUGAUGUGGAGUGGAAGUUUGCUCGCUCUAAGCUCUGGUUAUCUUACUUUGAUGAUGGAAAAACAUUACCUCCACCGUUCAGUCUUGUACCAAGCCCCAAGUCUUUUUUCUAUUUCAUCAUGAGGAUCGUCAGCUUUUCUAAGUGCAGGAGGAGAAGGCUGCAGAAAGAUACUGAAAUAGGGAUGAGUAACUCCAAAUCUAGGUUAAACCUCGUCACUCAAUCUAACUCAAGGGUUUUCGAAUCGCACAGUUUUAAUAGCAUUCUCAAUCAGCCAACACGCUAUCAGCAAAUCAUGAAAAGGCUUAUAAAACGUUAUGUUCUGAAAGCACAAGUGGACAAAGAAAACGAUGAAGUGAAUGAAGGUGAAUUAAAGGAAAUCAAACAAGACAUCUCCAGUCUUCGCUAUGAACUUUUGGAAGAUAAAUCCCAAGCAACAGAAGAUUUAGCAAUUCUAAUACAUAAACUCAGUGAGAAACUCAACCCCAAUAUGUCAAGAUGUGAAUGAUUCAAUGAAUUAUCGGGAUUCCUGGCAUUUUCUUCAGCACAAAUAUUGGCAAUAAUAUUUUGGAGUAUCUUAUACUUGAAAAAUAUAUUGUAGAUUUUUAGCACUAAAUAACUUUAUGUACAGCUUUCUUUAAAUUUAGUCAGGAAAUUUUAUUAACUCAUCACGCAAAAAAUGCUCUGUUCAUUUAAGUGUAUUGAAAAGUAAG